AAAUUUAACGCGAUUUGUUUACAAUAUCAACGUUUUUUACUGUUUGAAAUUGAAAAUGUAUUCUUGUCUCUUGAUCGAUGAGACGAAGGUGAAGUAACCAUGGCAACUCAAUCUGAUUUAAUAAAUAGUAGUAGUAAUUAUAAUCAUUUAGAUACAAAUAAAAGUAAUAAUAUUUUAACCACACCUGAGUUUGAGGGAGUAGGUUACGCCCCAACCUUUGAUAGAUUAUUAGUUUAUAGUCAAGAUAAAGUCAAGAGUGAAAAUAUGACAGCUUUAAUAGCCUGGUGUCAAGAUAAAGUCAUCUGUUGUUGGUGUAAGGUAAGAGAAUAUUGGGCUGUAGGAGAUUAUAAGAAACAACUUGAAGAAAAGGAGAGACAAGUCGAAAUUCUCGAGAGAAAACUACGAGAGGCUGAAAAGAAAAUUGAGGAAGCAUCAAUAUGUACAGAAUCAAAUUUAUCACUUCCUGUAUCGCAACCACCGUUAUCUCCCUUUCACUCGAGCUCUGUUGACCCUACCACCCCUCAACCUCUUAUAGUACCAGAUAUAUCAAAUCCUGUUACAUCUCUACCACUUGCUUCAGUUGAACUCCCUUCGGUUUGUUUCCCAGUCCCUAUUGUCAGUGUUCCAGUGGCCCCACCCCCUCAAGCUGGUGCUCCCCCACCUCCUCCACCUUCAGCUGGUGCCCUCCCACCUCCACCCCCACCCCCUCCAGCCAUAAAAACACCAACGUCAACGAAAUUGAUCAUCAACAAGAAACAGAAUGGUAAUCUAAAGCUAAAAGAACAGACUGGCCUAUUCGUGACUCCGGAAGCUUUGAAAGGAAUUCGAUUACGUAAAACAGAUAACAAUCAGAAAAACACAACAGAAUCAUCGACACCAAGUGGACUAGUGACUUUAGAACAGUUAAAAACAGUGAACCUACGUAGAACUCAAUCAGCUAGAUCUAUUAGUGAUGUUGGUAAAGAAAACAUACAUCAAAUAUUGGCUCAGGAGAUGUUAAAUAGACGUGCACUGAAAAAAACUACCAUCAAAAGAAGUCCUGGUGGAACCCCAUUAUGUGAUAAUAAACGAAAACGUGAAAGUGGUGUAGGAUUAACUCCAGUUAUGACCAGAGCUUUAAAACGUAAAUUCAGACUAGCUAAACGUGAGAGUCUAUCAUCAGAUGAUGGAGGUUGUUCGAACCAGUCCAGUCCUAAUGGUUCUAUCUGUAACCAAACCAUCAACUCAUCAGCUGGUGAUUUAUCCUGGUCCUCACCGACAGAUUCACCGACUAAUUUCUCAUUCUGUCGCGAUGUGACGUCUCCGUUAUCUGAAAGACUUUCUAUUUCACCCAAUAUCACCACUUCCUCACCAAAUCUUAGUAAUCUGUAGUAUAUCAUAAAAU